GGCGCGGCGGCGGCGGCGGCGGCGGCCGCGGCUGCUGCUGCGGCGGCGGCGGUGGUGGCGGCGGUGGGGUGGCGGGAGCGGAGCGGCAUGGCCACGGCGGCUUCUAACCCCUACCUGCCGGGGAACAGUCUGCUGGCGGCCGGCUCCAUCGUGCACUCGGUCGCGGCUGGGGCCGGCGGUGGGGGUGGCGGCGGCGGCGGGGGCGGCGGCGGCGGGGGUGGCGCGGGGGGCGGCGGCGGCGGCAUGCAGCCAGGCAGCGCCGCCGUGACCUCGGGCGCCUACCGGGGGGACCCAUCCUCCGUCAAGAUGGUCCAGAGCGACUUCAUGCAGGGGGCCAUGGCCGCCAGCAACGGCGGCCAUAUGCUGAGCCACGCGCACCAGUGGGUCACCGCCCUGCCCCACGCCGCCGCCGCCGCCGCCGCUGCCGCCGCCGCCGCCGUGGAAGCCAGCUCGCCGUGGUCCGGCAGCGCCGUGGGCAUGGCCGGCAGCCCCCAGCAGCCCCCGCAGCCGCCGCCGCCGCCCCCGCAGGGCCCCGACGUGAAGGGUGGCGCCGGGCGCGACGACCUGCACGCGGGCACCGCGCUGCACCACCGCGGGCCGCCGCACCUCGGGCCCCCGCCGCCGCCCCCGCACCAGGGCCACCCCGGUGGCUGGGGGGCCGCUGCCGCCGCCGCCGCCGCUGCUGCCGCCGCCGCCGCCGCCGCACACCUCCCGUCCAUGGCCGGGGGCCAGCAGCCGCCGCCGCAGAGUCUGCUCUACUCCCAGCCCGGGGGCUUCACGGUGAACGGCAUGCUGAGCGCGCCCCCGGGGCCCGGCGGCGGCGGCGGGGCGGGCGGCGGGGCCCAGAGCCUGGUGCACCCGGGGCUGGUGCGCGGGGACACGCCCGAGCUGGCCGAGCACCACCACCACCACCACCACCACGCGCACCCGCACCCGCCGCACCCGCACCACGCGCAGGGGCCCCCGCACCACGGCGGCGGCGGUGGCGGCGCUGGGCCCGGACUCAACAGCCACGACCCGCACUCGGACGAGGACACGCCGACCUCGGACGACCUGGAGCAGUUCGCCAAGCAGUUCAAGCAGCGGCGCAUCAAGCUGGGCUUCACGCAGGCCGACGUGGGGCUGGCGCUGGGAACGCUCUACGGCAACGUGUUCUCGCAGACCACCAUCUGCCGCUUCGAGGCCCUGCAGCUGAGCUUCAAGAACAUGUGCAAGCUCAAGCCGCUGCUGAACAAGUGGCUGGAGGAGGCGGACUCGAGCACCGGCAGCCCCACGAGCAUCGACAAGAUCGCGGCGCAGGGCCGCAAGCGCAAGAAGCGGACCUCCAUCGAGGUGAGCGUCAAGGGCGCGCUCGAGAGCCACUUUCUCAAGUGCCCCAAGCCCUCGGCGCAGGAGAUCACCAACCUGGCCGACAGCCUGCAGCUCGAGAAGGAGGUGGUGCGGGUCUGGUUUUGCAACAGGCGCCAAAAGGAGAAGCGCAUGACGCCACCCGGGAUCCAGCAGCAGACGCCGGACGAUGUCUACUCGCAGGUCGGCACGGUGAGCGCCGACACGCCGCCGCCCCACCACGGGCUGCAGACGAGCGUGCAGUGAGAGGCCGGGGGCGCAGAGCGAAAGAGGGCCGCCGCCGCCGCCACCUCCGCAGCCGCGGGCAGGACCGCCGCCGCCCCCGCCGCCGCACGGACCGCGGACCCCGCGAUCACCAGGACCCGGGCCGGGGUCCGCCGCAUCGCCCUCCGCCCAAAGACAGGCAUGCCCACCCUUGGAGGAGAAAAGAGAGAGACGGACCAAGGAGAGAUUUUUUUUUUGAAGUUCAAGAAAGGGGAGGGGGCCAAAAAAAUUAAAGCAUAAUAAAUAUCCAGACUAUUUUAUAUAUACGUAUAUAUACAUAACAACGAACAAACGAAUACCGGAAGAGAAAAAGGGGGCGAUCAUGAGAUCUCGUUUAUACUGUGGUGAUGUUUGGUUUUUGUUUCUAAAGAAGGGUGAAGCUGCCUAACGCACCAAAACUGCACUCACGAGGUUUUUCCCACCCUGAGAUGUCUUCUCUGGCAGCGGUGGACAGCACCUGCCUCAUCUUCUCUUAAAAGCAUAAGUCGCGCUCGCUUCCACUCCCUCCCUCCGAAGGGCUGUCUAAAGUGAUUCACGGAGAGUUCUUUUUGUUUUGUUUUGUUUUGUUUUCUUGGAGCGACCUGGAAAGAAAGCAGAAGUAUUGGGUUUGAUCAGGGGAUGAUCCUCUGUGUCCCGGGACCCUGUUUUCCUUGGCCAUAUUCACGUCAUCUGGGGACAAGCAGAAAUCGACUAUGAAAUGGGAAGGAGAGAGAGAGAGAGGGAAAAGAGUCUGUCUCCAGAAGAAGUAUUCACAGGUUAUGAGAUUAACAGACUGGAUAGCAAAGCCAAAAGAAAAAGAAAGAAGUAUCCUCAAAAUAACCUUGGAAGUAAAAGCAUCACUAAAGAGCAAAGGGAUGGGGGAGGGAGAAGGGGGCGUCCGUCCAGGAGUGGCGAGAGGCUCCCGGGCCGCGUCGGAGGUCCCGGCGGGCGGACUGGGCGCCAAGCGAGGGCCAAGGGAAGCCCGGCCUCAAACCCUGCCUCUGGCGGCUGCCACUCGGGAUGGACGGACGAUGCCUAAAAUUUCCACCGCUAAUAUUUUUUUUAUUAAUACUUUUUAUUUUUUAUUUCCGGACUGACUCAGAUAAAGGGAUUUAGAAAGACUGAGCACCUGCCUCUGCACUUAUUUGGACUUCUCCUCAAUCCGUUGCCAACUUUGAUUGAAUGGGUGCUGUGGAUGUGAUUAUAUAAUACUGCCAUUUCCAAGCAGUGUUUUUGGUAGGUUUUAAUAAACAGACUUUUCAAAAGACGGCAAUAGAGAUUGUUAGAUCCGUUGUUGAUCUAAAAAUAUUUGCUUUAUAUUUUCAUUAAAUGACUUCUUUUAAUAUUUUAUUCAGAAUACUUAUGAACUGCUGCAAAACGGUAAUUUAUUUUUCCCCAGAUCUUGUAUUACGUGUUUUUUUCAGACGAGCACAAAUCAAAAUGAAAUGAAAAUAUGGACAGUUGUUAGGUAAUAAGGGUAUCUUUUGAUGUGAUAAUUUGAUUGUAAUUUAAUUUGAGUAGUGAUUCCGUAAGAGCUGAUCGAGAAAAUAAAUUUGUUAGAAUGAAAUAGUCUGUGUCUGAUGCGUAAACACUAUGUGGGAAGAAAGAGUUCUUUAGAAAAUAUUUUUUUACUAAUGCAAAUCCUUCAGUGAAGACAUUGAGGAAGUUGAGCCUGCUCCUUUUAGCGUAUAUUUGGACAUCUGGAGUAAAGGACAGACAUAACUGAAACAGUAUUUUAUUAGUUGUCACUCCUUGUUCAUCCAUAAGUUUCACAAUAUUUUUCUCUCCCCUGUUUUUAGUGGGUGAUUUUAGUGGGUAGAUGAGAUUGUCUAAAUACUAUCCCUUUUCUUGGAUAUGCCUGUAGUUGCUUUACCAGAAGACUGAACAUCACUAGUAAAAACGUGCCAACUGAUUAUUAAUGGUUAAGACCAAGCCCUCCUCCCCCCCAUCCCCGCCAAAGUUUAGCCUCUCUUUUUCAUCUCCUCUCUCCACCAUAUUGCUAUAUCUCUUUCCUGUUCUUCUGAAGGCAAAUAAUUGUGAAGGACAGCCUUCCAGUCUGUAGAAUAUCUUUACAUCAAUUAUUUCCCAUUAAUAACUAAAUGUAGUUAAAUUUAAAUUAUUAAGCUCCCCCCCCCCAUAAUGAAAGAAUAUACUUUUUAAAUCCCGACUGUGGGCCACACUACAUUACUAUCUAUGUGAUUGCCAGCUCAGAGUUUAGUUUCUACGUUUUUAUGUUUCCCACUUUCCCCAGGAAUGAUCCUGUAUCUUCUUUUUGCUGGUGCUGGGGGGUUAGCUUUUUAGAUCACUCUUUAGAUACACCUGCAGAGUGUUCACAUUUCUCAAUAUCAGUAUUUCCAAAUGGGAAAAUGAAAGUGUAAUGCCUUGGGUUGUGAGUACUAAAGAAGCAAAACACUCUGCUUAGUUGAGCCCCUUCAUAUUGUACUUUUUAAAAAAGAAGGGUUUAAGGGUGAUAAAGCCAUGAUUUUUAUAGACCAAUUUCCCACUGCUCUCACUUAACUGUCACUCACUUUUUGCCUUCUUCCCUCAUCAUCGCUCCCUCUUCCUGUGAUAUCGAUGCAGGGGUUAAAAAACCUGAAAAACUGUGAGAGAAACAAGGAACAGUUAUUUCUUCCAGACAGGCUCUGUGUCACUUUCAUAAAUCAAGCCCAGCCAGAUGGCCGUGUAUUGGGUUGCAUUAUUUUAAACACCAAGUCGUACUAAAAAUCACAAUCAUUUUGAUUUGUGAAAUCUGAAAAAGGCCAUAUUUAUUAAAUAGAAGGGAGAAAAAAAAAGAAACACAAAUUACUUUUCUUUGCCUUCUUGUUUCCUAUUUCUCUUGCUAUUGUAAUAGCUCUCCCAGCGAAUUUAUAACCUGGAGGGGGUGGGGGAGCGAAGAUCAUCGGUUUUUGAGGGGUCUCCAAGGGCAGGCGAGGGAGGCCUCAUUUGAAAGCUGAGGACUGGGUGGGGUUGUUUUUAUGUGGUAGAUACUACUGGCACGUGGGAUGAAAUCCUGUUUUUCCUACUGGAAUGGUGUCUGGUUGAACGGGGAAGAAGGCUAUUUAAAAUUAGGGGAAGGUAUAUGCUUUCUUGAUUUGGCUGACAACUAAAGAGCUACCAUUAGAUUUUGCAGUGUGUUUUAUUAAAAAGCAACCUUUGCUGAUUACUUGGGGGAAAAAACCCUGAUCUGAGGGUAGCAGAGUUAACUUUUAAUUGGAGAAGGUGGGAAAGCAUGCCCAUUUUUGGUGAUUAUUUUGCAUUUUAUAAAGUGAGCUGAUACUUGCACUCCAUUUGAAAAAAAAAAAGUCAACCCUUUGAAUGUAUUUACAAGAUGAAAUUCAUUGUUGAAAAAAACAAAAGAGG